CUGGCGUCGUCGCCAUGACGGGCUCCGGUUCGUUUUCGCUGACGAAGCUCGGGCUUAGCCCGCUCUCCGCCUCCGCCGCUCUGGCUGUGCUGGUUACGCUGGGAAUGACCGCGGCUUGGUACUGGCGAUGGAGGGACCGCAGAAGGCCGCUAAGGUUGAAAGAGGUGGGCAGGGUGUCCGGGCUUUUCAUCUACCCGAUCAAGUCCUGCAAGGGCGUAGCCGUGCAGCAGGCCGAAGUAACAAAGUUGGGGCUCCGGAACGGAGAUCUGCGCGACAGAUGUUGGCUUGUGAUAAAAGAAGAUGGACACAUGGUGACUGCUCGACAAGAGCCUCGACUAGUAUUGGUCUCUAUCACCAAUCAAAAUGGCUACUUGACUCUGAGUGGUCCAGAAAUGAAGGAUUGUCAAAUUCCAGUCAGAUUGUCAACCAAAAAUCCAGUACGGAAUUGCAGGCUAUUUGGCUUUGAUGUUCAAGGCAGAGAUUGUGGAGAAGAUGCCGCUCAAUGGAUUACAUCCUACCUAAAGUCAGAACCAUACCGCUUGGUUUGUUUUGAACCAAAUAUGGUUCCAAGGAAUUCAAAAGAUUUAUUGGAACCUUUUCUUCCCAUUGAUAAGGUGAGCUUUGUGCUUGCAAUGAUCUAUG